AUGCUUGGUGGAGGACGACCUGCAUCAAUCCGCAGUUGGUGCUCGCUUAACCCGAGUGCGGUUGUCUGGUUUCUGGUGACAUCACCAUCGCUGGUGGGGUCGUCAUGGUUGGACCUGAAGGCAGUAGCCGCCGUCCACCGUAACCUUCGUCUCGCCUACCUCGACGUGGGCUUGGCCCUUAAUGGCACGCCCUUCGCUCAACUUUAUACAUCUACUAAAUUUUCAGAAACCGACGUGGAUUAUCUACCCAACAACCUAAGCAACAUGUGUCGACUGGCGGUUGUGUACAAGUCUGGAGGCUUCUACACCGACAUGGAUACCUUGGCUUUAAGAUCAGUCUUGAAUCUCACAAACUUCAUUGCACUCCAUAUUGACGAGAUAAAAAGUUUCAACAACGCAGCCUUCCAUUUCAAGCGCGGACACCCCAUGCUUCAGCUUAUCAUGCAGUUCAUCGCUGAAGACUACAAUGGGAUAAUAUACUCCUGGAACGGUCCGAUCGCCAUAACGAAAGCGGUGGAGCGUUCGGGUUGUGACGCCACCCCGCGCAACGCGAUGGGUCAACCUGUUUCAGAUGAACCACGCCCUUUUUCAUCGGAAACUUCGUUGAAGAUUAUAAAUGAACAUGAUGAACAACCUGAGCUCUGUGAUUGGCUGGCCUUAAAAACGUCUUACUUCUAUCCAGUAUAUUGGGCUCACGCUCUGCCAACUCUAUUCCUGGCCCCAGUAGAAUCUAACAACAAAACUAUACACGAAAUCUUUCCGGACAGCUACGGCGUGCAUUUUUGCAACAAAUUGACGAAAGAAAGAAAUCCAAGAAAGAGUAGCCUUCUCCUCAAGAUCGCACAACAAGUCUGCCCAUUAAUCAUCAAGAAUCAUCCUCUUCUCAGAAAUUGA